GGGGAGAUACUGAUGCCAGUCACGGAGGGACCUUUCUUCCUUCUUGCGAGCGUGUAGCGGGGCUUGGUUGGGGGGGCGGGUGUGCCUACUUCUUUUUUUUUCUUUUUUUUUUCCCUGGGGUGGAGCGAGUAAUUCGGGAGGUGGGACGGGGCGCUGGAGCUGCCGCCACCCGCCGGUCUGGCCGCCGCCUCGCCUUCCCCUGCGAGCUCCCGGCGAGGGCAGGCGCUGCCCCCCGCGCCGGGCUGCAAGAUGCAGUAAAGUGGGGAGAAUGAUUCCGAUGUAAAACCACAAAUUGACCAUGCGUUGAUGAAGAAGCAGCUGUAUGUACUGAUUUGCAAGUUCACAUCCUUGCAUCUGAUCUGAGCUGACGGUGAGAGGAAGCAUACGGUAUCGUUCAUUCUGUUUGGACUCCUUGUUUACAGAAGAGUGAUGGAGAUGCUAUUAAGCACAAAAAGGAUCACCAUAUGCCUGUUUUUCUUUGUAUUGAGUCUGGCAGCAGCUAUUGAAAUACCAUUAUCAGUUGCACAGCUUCCAACAAUCACGAAUCAGUCUGACACUCAGGUUGCCUACCCUUUCGACGAGGACUUCACAAUUAAAUGUGAAGCUAAAGGAAAUCCACAGCCCACUUUCAACUGGACUAAGGAUGGAAAACCGUUCAAUUUGCUGUCUGACCCCAGGAUACUUACAUUUAACAAUUCUGGAACAUUUGUGAUUCAAAACCGUGGAAUCAUCACUAAUUUCCAAGGGAAAUACCGUUGCUAUGCAUCCAACGCUCUGGGAACUGCCAUGUCAGAAGAAAUUGAACUUAUUGUUCCAAGUGUGCCAAAAUUCCCAAAGGAAAAAAUUGAGCCCCUUGAUGUGGAGCAUGGUGAUUCUGUGAUUUUGCAUUGUAACCCCCCGAAAGGCAUCCCACCGUUGCAUAUCUAUUGGAUGAAUAUUGAUUUGCAGCACAUUCCACAAGAUGAAAGGGUCUCCAUGAGCCUUAAGGGAGAUCUCUACUUUGCAAAUGUGGAAGAAAAUGACAGUCGGAGUGAUUAUUGUUGCUUUGCAGCAUUUCCAAGACUGAGGACGAUUGUACAGAAAAUGCCAAUGACACUGAAGGUUUCCCGUUUUAAACAUGCUAAUGACUCAGGCUCACCUAAUGCUGCGGUUACUAAGGCAAAUUUUAUCAAGGAGAGAAAACCCAAACUGCUGAUUCCCCCUGAAUCUUCUGGCAGUAGCUCAUCAGUCACCGUCAUCAAGGGAGGUGUACUACUACUUGAAUGUAUUGCUGAAGGGCUCCCAACUCCUCAUCUAAACUGGGUCAAGGUUACUGGCAGUUUGCCCAAGGACAAACCAGUAACAGAAAAUUACGGGAAGAUACUGAAGAUAGAACAAGUGUCUGCAGCCGAUGAAGGAACCUACCAGUGCACAGCAAGCAAUUCUGUGGGCAGAGCGAAACACGAGUUCCACGUUCAUGUGGAAGAGCCUCCACAGUGGAUAAAGAAGCCGGAAGGUGGUGUUUACAGCGUAGGAACAAAUCUCGUGUUGUUGUGUGAAGCUUUUGGCAAUCCAGAGCCAACCAUAGAGUGGAAACUUAACGGGAUGCCAAUUGAUAGUAGGACCUUCAGAGGGAGAAUCUCUGCCAGAGAAAUCAGCCUCACCAACCUGCAGCUUCAGGACAGUGCUGUGUACCAGUGUGAGGCUAGCAACAAGCACGGCACCAUCCUGGCUAGUGCUAAUGUGAAUGUUUUAAACAUUGCUCCCUUAAUACUAACCUCAGAUGGUGAAAACUAUGCCACAGUUGUUGGUUACAGUGCCUUCUUGCACUGUGAAAUUUUUGCUUCGCCUGUAGCAGAUAUUAGAUGGACUAAGGAUGAUAGCAUAGAGCCACUCUCAGCAUUGCGCUAUGAAUUAAACAAAAAUGGAACCCUGGAGAUCAAAGACACAAGGAAAGAAGACUCGGGAUCGUAUGCUUGCUGGGCCGCAAACUCUGUUGGAAAAAGAGCAAUCACUGCUAAUCUGGAUAUAAGAGAUGCUACAAAACUUCUUGUUACUCCGAAGAACCCCCAAGUGUUAAAAUCACAUUCAAUUUUAUUGAAAUGUCAGUCUGAAUAUGAUUCACACUUGAAACGCAGUUUUAAAUUAUCUUGGAGAAAAGAUGGAGAUGAGCUGCCAGUCAACAGGACAGAAGAUGGCAGGAUAAUUAUGGACAUGGAUACAUUGUUCAUAUCAAGUGUGACAUUGGAAGAUCAAGGUGUUUACACAUGCCUGGCUAGUACUUCUCUAGACAGUGUCACAGCUGAAUCACGAUUAAUUGUUCUUGAUGUCCCUGAUCCGCCAGAAGAUCUUCAACUCUCAGAAAAUCAAAACCGAAGUGUUCGACUAUCCUGGAAAGCUGGGGCCAGUCAUAACAGUCCUAUUAAUGAGUCUAUAAUAGAAUAUGAAGAGAGCCGAUGGGAGCCAGGGAAGUGGCAGGAGCUAACCAGAACCACAGGGAGUGAAACCACAGCCGUGUUGUCGCUCGCCCCAUAUAUGAACUACCAGUUUCGCGUCACAUCUGUGAAUGCUGUCGGAAGAAGCCACGCUAGUAAACCAUCACUGCGCUAUGCAACACCUCCGGCUGCUCCAGACAAGAACCCAGAAAACAUCCGGGUUGAAGCUUCUGAACCAAAUGAAAUGGUGAUGAAAUGGGAGCCGUUGAAGCCUGUGGAGCGGAACGGGCCGGGGCUGGAGUACAAAGUCAGCUGGCGGCAGCAGGGCGUCGAGGCUGACUGGAAUGAGGAAAUGGUGAAAAAGCAUUCCCUGACCGUGCGAAACACUCCCACCUUCGUGCCUUACGAGAUCAAAGUCCAAGCAGUGAAUAAUUUAGGAUCCGGUCCUGAGCCAAAUGUUACCACCGGAUAUUCAGGAGAGGACAUUCCAGAUGCUGCUCCUUCCAGUGUGUCAGUGGAUACUGUGAAUAGCACGCUGGUUAAAGUCUUCUGGUUUGGGAUUCCAAGGGACAGAGUUCGCGGACACUUACGAGGCUAUAAGGUCAGUUGGUGGAAAACAAAAAGUAUGCUGGAUGGGAAAAGACAUCACCCAGAGAAACACUUCCUAAGCUUUACAGGAGACAGAAACUAUGGAAUGAUUCCUGGUCUAGAGCCCUUCAGUGAAUUCCACCUAACCGUUUUGGCUUACAAUGCAAAAGGAGAUGGACCAGAAAGCUCUCCAGUUGUGUUUGAAACUCCAGAAGGAGUCCCUGAGCAACCACGUUUUCUGAGGAUAUUAAACUUCGAUAAGGACUCCGUCACUCUGUCGUGGGGACUUCCCAAGAAGGCAAAUGGUCACCUUACUGGCUACGUUUUGCAAUACCAGAUGAUAAAUGAGACGCAUGAGAUCGGCCCUCUGAACGACGUCAGCAUAACGAACCAUUCUGCGCUCAGCUGGCGGCUUUCCAAUCUCAGCUCCAGCACCAAGUACAAGUUCUACGUCAGGGCUUGUACAGUGAAAGGCUGCGGAAAGCCAGUCACAGAGGAAGGACUAACGAUGGCUCAAGGGAGUAAAGGGAUCGGCAAGAUUUCAGAAGCAGUAAAUCCCACCCAAAAGUUUCACCCCAUUGAGGCACUUGAGCCCGGAACUGAGUAUACAGUUCGUCUAGUGACUAAGAACUGGGUUGAUAACAAUAGCAUUUUUGAAGAUGUAAUUGAGACAAGGGGGAGAGCUUAUGCUGGCAUUUAUGACGGAAUUUCCACCCAGGGGUGGUUUAUCGGACUGAUGUGUGCCAUCGCUUUGCUCACCUUGCUGCUGCUAACUGUUUGCUUUGUCAGAAGAAAUAAAGGAGGAAAAUAUUCAGUGAAAGAAAAAGAAGAUUUGCAUCCAGAUCCUGAAGCUCAAUCAAUAAAAGAUGAAAUCUUUGGGGAAUAUAGUGACAGCGAUGAAAAGCCGCUGAAAGGCAGCCUCCAGUCAAUAAACGGGGACAUUAAAGCCACCGAAAGUGCUGAUAGUCUGGUAGAUUAUGGAGAAGGGGAACACGGGAUGUUCAAUGAAGAUGGUUCAUUUAUUGGAGCUUAUUCUGGAUCUAAGGAAAAAGGAUCAGUUGAAAGCACUGGGAGUUCUACAGCAACUUUUCCUCUCCAUGCGUAAAAUACUAGCAAGAAUGAUUCAUUUUUUAUUGUGACAUUUAUCCUGACUGGUACUCCGCAGUUACCGUAUGUGAUUGGAAAUAGGUUGCCAAUUGAGUCAGUCAGGAACCUGACAUCAGGUAAUACAAAAAGAAGUCACUGCCACUAAAAGAUGAUUUUUGAGACUUUUCCAUCCUAAUUGUUUAGGUGUUUUCUUCUAAUGAAAACCAAUCAAAUCAUUCCUUAUUAUUCAAAAUAUGUCACUCAGUCUUACCAAAACACAAUUUCUCAGUGUUACAUAUGUAUAGUUACUUGCUACGCUGUAUGUUUCUUAGUUUUGGAAUAUGUUUCUCUGUAAAGUCUUUUUUCUUAUGUAGCUGUUGUCACUUUGUACAUACUUUUAUAUCCAGUAUUGCCUCAUACAUCAUGGCCUCAGCCCUGGAGAGGCCAGAACCCGGUAAGAAAAACAAACAAAAACACAGGUUACUCUACAAAGUGACACAAUGAAUUCUACUGAGGAAAACCAUAAUUUUAAAUACUGGAGAAAUAUAUUCUAUGUAUUAUUUAAUUUUUCAUAAAGAAAAAAACCUCCUUUGCUUAAGAUACUCUGAAAUUAUUUUAGUGGUUACAGCUGACUACAAUUACCAUUACUUAGAGAUGCAACUUUAUGCGUGGAAAAUUUGCUCUCAAAAGAUAAAGUUCAGAUCAUGUGUAUGAAUCUUCUAUCCAGUAGCUGGCACUAUUUCCUUAAAUAAAGUAAGCUGCAGUAACUUUCCUGUGGCAAGGCAAAACAGGGUUCCCAUCCGACCAUCAUUAAAAAGAAUUUUAAUUUGAUUUCCUGAAUCUCCGCAAGCUGCAUUUCUAAGCAAAAGGCUUUUUGCCUGUCUCAUAUCUGUAUAUUUGUGUGCGAGCAUACAUUUCCUGGAGACAUUGUACAUAUGCUAUUAAUAUUGACACAGUUUAAAAUCAGCCUUGUUUUGUUUUGAAAUGAGACGUGAUGCUGGCGCGAGUCUGUGUAGCCGUGUAGUGAUAGGAUUGCUUGUCAGCGUGAGCUUGAACCAGCAAAGCGAGUUUGCAGGAAGAGGAGUUGUGUGUAACCAGUCAUAUGGAUAUUAUUUCUUUCUAAUAUCACGUAAGGUAGAUCUACCUGACUAUCAAGAGAUCAUUUAUUUUCAAGCUAUUCAUUGAUAAAUAAGCAAAAGCGAAAGCAAAGAGAAAAUAUUAUGGUAUAGUUUCUUUAAUAUUUUGUUUACCAAGUGCUGGUUUAAAUCCUCUCUGUUGCAGUCCUUUUCCAGUCAUUCCCACUAUGAACUCAGCCAAGCUGAGCACUCUUAGCGGCACAUUUUUUUGGUCUUUUAAUAUUUGGAUCUCCUGACUAUCUGUAAUAUCACUUGUAUUUUGAUAUGUGCUUGUUUGAUUAGAGUAUUAAUACGGCUUCAUUUCUUCCACUUCAAUUGUGAUUUUUUUAAACAUUGUUGUGAGAAAGCUGGUUACUGUAGGAGGAAUAGGUCCUAAAAGCCAUUUACAUCCUGGUAGUAAUUAGGCAAAUGUCCUUCAUGGUCUCCUUUACUUCAAUGGAAGAAAGGGUGGAAGUAACAAUUACUCACGUGAGUAAGAGUUUACAGAUAACACCUGGAAUUAAAAGUCUAUUAGUUGCACACACAAAUGCACUUUGUUACAAAUAGAAGGGCCAUGUUUUAUAAGUAGCUAACCUUAAGUUUGUGCUCCUCACUAGAGUGGCUGAAUUCUCAAAAGUGCUCAGUGGUUUCUGAAAAUAACAAGUCUUUGGUGCUGGAUGCUACUGAACAGCUGUUCCUCUUUUAUAUUUUUACUCCCAACGACCUUUUCUGUAGCCUCUAUUUGGAAAAAGCAAAUCCCCAACAAGCAAACCCCCAAACCCCAGUGGUGCUGUGUGGAUGAGUGUAAAUCAGUGAAAAAUAGUCCCACUCCGCGUCAGUGACCUCUGUGAUGUGAAGGAUUUGACAGUCAUUCAUUCUUUAUUAUAAAUAAAGUUUUAUUUUCUGCAUUUCGCUUAAGCUUAAUGCUGAAAAAGUCCGAAGUCAUCUUCAUUUAGAAAAGAAGCAAGGGAGUAAAUUGGAGGGAUGUGAAAAUUGGCAUCUUGUCAACAAAGAGAGAUUUUCCACCAGGAUCAUUAUCUGCUGACUCUUGCCUGCCGUAACCCAAAAGAGAUAAAGACUAAGAACUGAUUAGACUUGUGGCAACCUUUGUUGCAAGCUUCAGUCUAUUUGUAAUGUAUUUCCUUUAGGAAUCAGCUGCCCUCGCGCAUGCUACUGCAAUGUUGAUUACAGGCGAGUUUUGUUUUGUUUUCUUAGUUACUUUCAUUGAAAUAUUUUGUAUUUUAAAUGGAGAUAUUUCUGCUGCCUGACACUUCUUAAAUAUUAAAGGUAAUGCCUUAAUCUUACAUCUCCACCACACUGAGGAUCUCUAAUGAUGAAAGGGGGACCACAUGGACUAUCUCUGGUAGUUGGAGAAAUAAAUCCUGAAAUAUCAAUUUCAACAUACCAAAGUUGCAGCCGUCUCCCGCUUUUCGAGGAGUGCUGGGUUUCAGGCUGCUUUUCUCCUUUCUUAGUGUGGUCCCAUACACUGCAAAUUCACAGACCCCCUGAAGUUGCCCACGAGGGAGCAGGGAGAGGCAAGGAACAAAAUUACGGCAGGUUCCCCCAAAGCCGCAGCGGCUCCUUGGCAGGGCUGGCAGCGGUCAGGCAUUUCCUUCUGCUUUGGGUUGCUGCAGAUCGACUGGGCUAGUUGUCCCCAAAAACACCUGUGUUAAACAGACGCAACUUUCAAAUCAUAUUAGUGAGUGUCAAGUUAUCGAAUAAUGAAUAAAUCUCCUGUGCUAUCACUUGCUCUGUUGCUGCUAAGAGAUGUUUACGACAUUCCUGUGAUGUGCUGCUCGUCUGUGGCGGUAUGAGUGCUUUUUCUAUUAAAAUUUUAAUUCAGACCCUUAAAUCUUAAUGUUAGUGUUUCAUUAUGCCUCAGGGCCUAAAAAUCAUACAGUGACAAAAAGAUGUGCAAUGGAAUUUUUACAGUGUGCACUGACUUUUGAGGAAUAUGCCCAAUGAAUAUUAAACUAAUGGCUAAAACUCCUCGGGAAUCCAGCUCACAUGAGCUUUCUUCUCUUUCUCACUCAUUUCUUUUCCUUCCCCCCCCCCCCCCCCAUUGAGGUUGUAUUUUAUUUUUAAAGGGUACCACUCAUACAAUGUAUCUUGGAAAGUGCAGGCCACUAAUGCUUUUUAAGAGAUUUGCUUUCAAAAGUAAACUAACACUAUAAGCUUACAGUUUCUGAAGCAGUUCUUUGUUGUUGGCAGUAAAUGGUCUGCGUUUUCUUUCCGGGGCAGUGUGCUGCAGAUGAGAGGCAGUAUGGACAUGUAGAUUGAAUUAAAAGUAUCAAUACUAACUGUACUGCAACUUUGAAAUAGUCCCUUAAUCAAAUAACUUUAUUAUGCUGUCUGGGAGCAUUUAUUAAAUUUAGUUGAUGGAAAUGUGUAGUAAUUUCAUUAAUUAGUACCUACCCUGGAAUUUAAAAUUGCACGACCGGAGGAGGAAGGGCCCUAUGUCAAUAGACACCAGCAGUGUGAGCAUGCACACUGGGCCAUACAGGAAAUUUUAAUGAAUCAGUCCUUGGGUUUUCUGCUGCCAAUUUGCUAGUACCAAGGGCGAGACGAUGGGAACGCUAGUUCAGGUUGGUUGUUUCUUUGGUUACUUUUGGGUACAACGUGUUGCUACAUUUUGCUGCCAGUACGAGUGUGAGAGGGGAAAUGACAUUUUGGAGUCGGUGUCUCCGUGGCCCCGGGUGGUGGGGAGCAGCUCCCUGGCGCUUGUGAGCUCAGACAGCCCCUUUCAGGACAGGAGGGGGCAAAUUUUGCUCAUACAGAAAGUUGUGAGGUUUUGACUGUGCAUAACAUGAGGCAAAUAAAAUCAUCUCCUCUUUAUUAUAGGGGGAAAAAAAGCUGUAUGCUAGCUCCCCGAGUAGCCCAUUGGCUUUCACAGAGCAGCAUAUCACUGAUUGAUUCAGGUGUGGAUUGUAACCUCAGACCUAAGUGUGUAAAUUCUAUGUUUAUUUAAAAAAUAAAUAAAAGAUAGUGUAAUUGCACAGUAGAGAAUUUGUAGUAAUGGCCUCAGUUUCAUUCUCUGGUAAAAUUUGUGAACCCAGGCUUCGGAAAUCUGCGUUUUGGGGCUUCCGACGCUUGGCUGGGCUCUUCAGGAGCGGGCUGCACUGGGUAGGGCUGCAUCCUUGCAAAGGGCACAGUGAGAAACCAAAUCAGAAAAUGAUUUUCCCCUCUGGACAAAAAUGUGUGUAUGUGUACACGUGUGUGUAUGUAUAGUAAAUAACUUGUCUGUAAUUCUAUUUUAAAUGUAUCUAAUUACUGUUUCAUUUAAUGAUUCAUGAUAGUUGUUUUGUUGCGGUCUUACUACACACAUUUUAAUUAGUAGCUCCUUUUCUGAUAACUGCUUCCAGUGACCAAAUGCAUCAGAUCCAAUGUGUGAGAGGUUUUAAUAGAAAUGUUCAGGACCAUAUUCUUUCUGAGAUGAAAACAAAUAUUAGCACAAUCUUCCUGUAUAAGAAGUUUUUUUACAGUAAUUCCUCAUGGAGUUUUGUAAACUAAUGUUAGAAUGACAUUCACUAAUCCUCUUGCACUUCUGAAAGGAAAUCUCAUCGUAAUCUCUUUUACAGUCAUUAUUUUGCAGAUGAGUGGUUGGCCUAGAUUAUUUUAAAUACCUGUAAGAAUGGAUGUACAAAAAAGGAAAUUGUUCUUCAUGACAAGAAAAUUUGGAUUCAUAUGACAAAGUAUCAAGCCCUCAGCUGCAUCUCUUAAAAUGUUUAGUGUUUCAAAAUAAAGCCUAUGACCCAUGCUGGAGCAUCAGCACAUUUACAUUUCAGCUCUGUAUCUUUCAUGUGGAAGUUUCGAUUAUGCUAUCAAAUGAGUGAGUUUUGUAAUCCAGGGUAGCUGGUUCAGCUUUCAUGCAGGAAACAAUGUGUGGGUUUGAGCCAAAGCAUACUGUCUGUUUCAUUUAUUACUAUUGUUACUUUAAACAAGGUACUUUGUAAUUUCAUGGGAAAAGAUCAAAGCAACUGUGUCACCGUUACAUUGUUACUUUUUGAGCUGAAUGUUAGUGUGCAUUUAUUAAAGUUUAGAGAAAUGUGUUUGUGCUGUAGUUGCUGUUUGUAUCAUGCAUAUGUGCACGUAUGGUUUUAAAAGAUACUUUCAUUUUACAUGAAAUUCAACUUUGCAAAUAAAAGUUUGACUUGAUGUAAUCUUCAAAA